AUGUUUCAGCUUCUGCUACUGUCAAAACUCCUAUGGGAGUAUGUGGUCCCCAUGCCCAUGUGCCAUGACUUGGAAGGAUACAAUGAGUUGUCCAUGGAAGAAAUAUUUGACCGUGCUAUUGUCAUGGCUCAAUAUACCUCUAACCUCACCACACAAAUGUCUGAGGAAUUUGAUGAAAACUUUUCUGAAAGCCUGUGGUACAAAGCCAGGAACUCCAGCACCUGUCACACUGCUUCCCUGGCUACUCCAGAAGACAAUGAACAAAUCCAACCGACACAAUCAGAUGACCUUCUGAAAGUGAUGAUCAGCAUCUCACGAGCCUGGUGCCACCCUCUUGAACACCUAGUGCAUUCAGUGGCUGCUCUUAAAGGGGCCUGUGAGACCAUGCUGUCGAAAGUCAAAGAGGGAGAAAAAAAUGAAGAACUUCUAGAGGAAAUGAAGAGAAUCCUUGUCAGGGUUCAUCCUGGAGCUGAAGAAAAUGUCUACCCUGCUUGGAUGGGACUGGCAGAAGUGAGGUCGGCCAAUGAAGACACUCGCCAUUUUGCUCUUAGUAACCUGUUCCACUGCCUUCGCUGUGAUGCUAAUAAGGUUGCCACUUAUCUUUUGAUCCUAAGGUGCAGAGUCAUUCAUGACAACAACUGCUAA